AUGGACAGCCGCCGACGAUCAAAUGCGAGCACUCCUGCGGAGAGUGACUCGCCCCAUUCUGUCUACACCCCUGCCACAGAAUCGUCAGUCCUAUUCGACAACCUUGACGAGCUGCUUCGGAGAAUCCCAUCGGAAAAUUCUUAUAUUCUUAUCACUGGAGGAUUGGGUUUCAUUGGAAGCCACACAACCUUGGAGCUGCUCAAGGCUAACUAUAAUGUGAUUGUGAUCGACAAUCUCAGCAACUCUUUUGAGGUUGUUUUCGACCGCAUCAAUCUCUUGGCGCAGAAGUUCCACAAACAAAACGGAUCUCAAAUGCCCUCCAUGAGACUGCAUGCUCACGAUUACCGUGACACAAAGACUCUGAUUCCUCUUUUGGAAGAGUAUCGUCUUCCCUCGCGAUGGCGUGCUGCCAAGUCGAAGAUUGCCGGCGUUAUUCACUUCGCAGCAUAUAAAGCUGUUGAGGAGAGCAUCAGUCACCCAUUGAAGUAUUACUCCAACAAUGUCGGCGGUUUGAUCGACUUCGCAACCAAUCUUGGCGAAUUUGGCAUCAAGACUUUCAUCUUCUCUUCAUCUGCCACUGUCUAUGGCACUCUCGCGAAUUCGGGUCUUCCACUGAAAGAAGAACUCUGUGUUCACAAGGAGGAGAUCACUGUUGACCAUGAUGGGCAAACAAAAAUCGUGCAGCCCGGAUGUCAGGGAAUCACCAACCCGUACGGACGCACCAAGUGGAUUUGCGAGUCCAUUCUGGCCGAUCUCGCUGCCUCGGAUCCUGAGUGGACAGUUGUCGCUCUGAGAUACUUCAACCCCGUUGGCUGUGAUUCAUCUGGUCUCUUGGGCGAGGACCCAAGACAGACCCCAACAAACCUUCUCCCAAUUGUUGUCAAAGUCAUGACAGGCCAAUACGCCGAGCUGCAGAUGUUCGGAUCCGAUUGGGAAACCACCGACGGAACAGCAGUCCGCGACUUCAUCCAUGUCACCGAUCUGGCUCGUGGGCACAUUGCCGCGCUUAGAACUGCAAACGAGGGCAAUUUAAGCGAGAACUUCCGUACAUUUAACUUGGGUACCGGGUCUGGCUCUUCCGUUUUGGAAGUUGUCAACACCAUGGAGAGUGUCAUCGACAGGCCUAUUCCCAGGAAAGCUGCAGAACGCCGAGCUGGUGACGUGGGUUCCUGCGUGGCAGUUGCUGACAGGUCCCGAGAUGAGCUCAAGUGGAAAACAGAGAAGUCUUUGAAAGAUGCAUGCCAGGACAUUUGCACGUUCCUUGAUGUUAGUGGCCUGUCUUCAUAA